AUAAAUAAAUAAAUAAAUAAAUAAUCUGUCUGUGGCGUGAAUCAAAGAAAAUAGAAGUUGGACUGCUUUAUUGAGCUAAACCAUUAAAAGUAUUAUUCGACGUGGGUUUAAGUUAGCGGGCAUGAGGCGACAAUUUUAUACAAAAUCAAAAUUUAUUUAUUCCACAAGCUUUGAGGAUCUUGAAACUUCAAGUAAUCCAGAAAAGGAUGAAGACGAUUACACAUCCAGCAGUUUCGAUCGUAGUUCUGUAGAUUCCAUUCCUUGGACUGAUGAUGCUAUAAAACUCAAUAGUUUAGAAUGGGAAAAAAUUGAAAGAAUGCUCAGAGGUGUUGAGGAAGUGACAGGUGAUGAAGAUUUGCGCAAUGAGAUUUCGGAUUGGCAAAGAAAAUUUCCACAUUUUGUGUCUGGCAUAAGAGAAGGGAAUUUAUGCCAGCUUGGGGCUGACGCUACCAGCGCCGAAUCUGUCGCUACUCUAAAAUUAAUUUCGGAUGAAGAGGAUGACUAUAAAGUAAAAGGAGGGCAAUGCAUUCAGGAAUAUUCUUCUGAAGCUGAAGAUCUAAGCUUCACUCCUUCGCCUUUGUAUGGAGCAUCUUCAGAAGACAUUAAUAUUUUGAAAUUGUUUGAAGACUUUACAUUAAAUGCGGUGCCUUAUACUCAACGUGAAAAUAUCAGGAAGCCUUAUAAUAAUCAGCCGGCAUAUUCGAAAAGGACACCUGCUUCUCCUGCUGGGCGAAAUCAUUUGCGAAUGCCUCCUAUUUUAAAUGUGUUAGAGAGUACAUGCAGAUUUCGAAAAUUAGCUAAAAAUAAAAAUCAGAGUUUCGUACAACUGACUCAAGUAAAUCAUGCACAAUCAGCUAUAAUAAGACAAAACGAAGAAAUUAGAGGCAAUCACACACGUCACUCAGCUUGGCACAUGCCGUUAUUAGCGAACCGUUUUUUCAGUAAACGAAAUUCUCUUAUACUACCUACCAUUUCAACUAUACAACAAAAAGAAGUUCAACAAUGUAUUAGUAAGCCUACAACUACAACGGAUAGAGAUGGACUGGCCUUUAGUCUUAAUAAAUCAUCAGCAAAUGUUAAGUCAUUCACACCGAAUUUUAAUUACCAUUCUCAGAGCUCUCAUACACGAAAUCAUAUAUUAUCAAGAUUUCCAAUACCAUCUUCAAGCCAAUCAAAUUCAUCGAGCUCCUUACGAUCAGCUUCGGCAGCUUCUCAAUAUCUGAAACCGUCCUUUAAUGGCUUAUACUUGCCAUAUAGUGCCUACAAAUUCAAAACUUUUAAAUAGCUAAGUAUAAAUUACUUUUUAGCAA